CGCGCUGCUGACUGGCUGCGUCUACUUCGGCUUUCCCUCAUUGCGGCGGAUGCUGCUGUCCUCUGGUGCCUACGCGUGGCUGUGCCCCCCGCCCGCGUCUCCCGCUGCUGCUGCAGCAGCAGCAGCAGCAGCAGCAGCAGCAGCAGCAGCAGGAGAGGGACUGCUGCUCUGCGACGCUCAAGAUGCUGCUGUGGCUCCCCUCUUCACCGUGGCAAUGGUCAGCCACUCUCUUAUGUCUGCUGGAGCUGGGGCUUUGCUGGAUGCUGUGGGGCCCAAGAGAACUGCGCUGCUGGGGCAGCUGCUGGCAGCAGCAGGCUGGCUGCUGCUGGGGCUGUCGCAGCAGCAGCAGCAGCUGUACUUCGCGGCCUUUUGCUGCAUCGGGCUCGGCACUGACACGGGCUAUUUGCCGCUGCUGCGGAUUGUGGCGAAGUUCGGAGACAGACAAGGAGUAGUCUUUUCUCUUUUGGGGACUGCAUGCACUGCGUCUUUCGCAGUGCCUUUGCUGCUGGAGUUCAUUUGGCAGCAAAACCCCUCCUGGGCCUUCUCCUCCGUUUGCUUCCUCUACGUGCUGCUCGGCCCCUGCUGCUGCGCGCUCCUCGCGCUGCUGCUGCUGCCCUGGCGCGACCACAAGCCACUGCAGCAGCAGCAGCAGCAGCAGCAGCAGCAGCAGAAGCCGCUCCCGCUCGAGGCCUGCGCCAGCCCCACCGCCAGCGGAAGCAGCCUCCCCCUCGCCCUUCCUCCCGCUCCCGCUGCUCCCGCUGCUCCUGCUGCUGCUGCUGCUGCUGCUGCUCCCCCCCCAGCAGCAGCAGCAGCAGCAGCAGCAGCGGCAGCGGGGCCCGAAGACAGCAGCAGCCAGGGGGAAGGCAACACCGAGAACGCGACGGCGGCCUCGAGCGCAGCAGCAGCACAACAACCAGCAGCAGCAGCAGCAGCAGCAACAGCGGAGGAGCUGGAGGACGGGGCGACGGCCGUGGCCGUGUACGACGCAGCAACAGCAGCAGCAGCAGCAGCAGCAGCAGCGGGGGAGUGCCGGCGGGCGCCGCGGCGCGGCGGGUGCAGCCGCCUGUGCUGGUUGUGGCGGGGCCAGCGGCGCGGCGGGAGCAGCAGCAGCAGCAGCAGCCUGAGCCUCAGCAGCAGCAGCAGCAGCAGCAGCAGCAGCAGCAGCAGCAGCAGGAGUUUCCGCGCGGACCUGCUGUCGCUGCACUUCCUGUGCAUCCCGCUGGUGGCUGCUUCGCAGCAAAUCGCCAUCUCCUUCUACCAAAUGGCGGGGCCCCGUCUCUUGGGGGCCCCCGUGGCUUCUUUAAUGGACACUUUUUUGUCUUUUGCUUUUAUUCCCUGUCUCCUCAUCGGCGCAGCCAUCGACUUCAUCGGCAUUUACUCCAUUCUCUGUCUCAUCAACACCGAGUUGAUAUUUUGCUGCGUCAGCAGCAGGUUCAGCAGCAAACACUUCGGGAGACUUUCUGGGAUUGCGCAGGCCGUGGGGGGCCUCGUGUCUUUGAUUUCGAUUCCUCUUUAUAAUUCUGUCUCCGUGAAGUGGCAGCGGGGGGACUGCAGGCCCGUGGCCUGGGCGCUCACGCUGCUGCUGGCCUGCAUGUACCCCGUGAUGCUGUGGCUGGGCUGGGGCUGCUGCUGCUGCUGCUGCAGCAGCAGCAGCAGCAGCAGCAGGCGGGCGGCCGACAGGGCCAGGAGGCAGCAGUCCUACGCCGCCAAGCUGCUCACCUACGCGCCCCGCAGACGCGCCAAUAAAACAGCAGCUGCUGCUGCAGCAGCAGCAGCAGCAGCAGCAGCAGCAGCAGCAGCAUCGCAACCCGCGGCCCCACUGGCUCUCGAAGAGGGGCCCCACGCCGGGGCCCAGGGGGGGCCCCCAGGGGGGGGCCCCCAAGGGGAGGGCCCCACAGCAAGUUGUGAGCAGGGGGGCCCCCGGGGCGCAUGCAAUGUGUAG